AUGGAGAGAACCACAGUUUUACUAACAAUCUUUGGAUUUUUAUUUCUCUGUGUCACCUCAGCCCCAGCCAAGCAGAAACGAGAAAUUGACAUCUACAGCUUCCACAUCAACUCGACAGUAACCAGCCGCUAUGCCAUCACAGUCAUCACGAGCCGUGUGGCGAACCGACUCAACGAGUCCAGAGAGGUUCAUUUCCAGGUCAAGAUUCCAAAAAAUGCUUUCAUCAGCAAAUUCAAGAUGUUAAUCGAGGGAAAGACGUAUGAUGGUGUUGUGAAGAAGAAAGAAGAGGCACAGCAGCAGUACAGUCGAGCAGUAUCUCGAGGAGAAAGUGCCGGGAUUGUCAGUGCAGUAGGAAGGACGCUGGAGGAGUUUAAAACCUCGGUGACGGUGGCAGCUUUGAGUAAGGUGACCUUUGAACUCACCUAUGAAGAGCUGCUAAAGCGACGACUCGGCAAAUACAAGUUACAAAUCCACGCGCAACCAAUGCAGCCUGUGGCAGAUUUCAAGAUUGACGUCUAUAUUAAUGAGCAUCCAGGUCUUUCCUUCCUGGAGGUCAAAGGAGGGCUGAAGACUCAGGAGCUCUCCGGGGCUGUGAUCAGCACUCUGGCCGAGUCAACCGAAGAGGCAUGGGUCAACUUUUACCCCACACGCGAGCAGCAAACACAGUGUGAAGGUUGUGGAGAAAAUGGACUAAACGGAGACCUGCUCAUAGAGUAUGAUGUGAAGAGACCACAUCAAAGUGGAGAACUUCAGGUAUUAAAUGGAUAUUUCGUCCACUACUUUGCACCCACGGAUAUUCAACAAAUCCCAAAAAAUGUGGUUUUUGUCAUUGAUCGCAGUGGCUCUAUGAGUGGCAGGAAAAUUGAGCAGACUCGUGCUGCGAUGUUGAAGAUUUUGGGAGAUCUCGCUCAGAAUGACUACUUUGGCCUGAUCAGCUUUGACUCUGCAGUUGAGGUCUGGAAAAAUGAACUGCUGCCAGCCACAGAGGAGAAUCUGAACAAGGCAAAGACCUUUGUGAAGAAAAUUAAUGAUCGUGGAGCCACGGACAUCAACGCUGCAGUGCUGAAGGGGGUGGAGAUAAUCAGGAGGUACCCCCGAGAGGGCUCAGCCUCCAUCCUCAUCCUGCUCACUGACGGAGAUCCCACUUCUGGUGAAACAAACACAGGAAGAAUUCAGGAAAAUGUCAAAAAGGCCAUUGGUGGUAAAUUUCCACUUUACUGCCUGGGGUUUGGAUUUGAUGUCAACUUUGAUUUCUUGGAGAAAAUGGCACUGGAAAACGAUGGAGUUGCUCGCAGGAUCUACGAGGACUCUGAUGCUGACCUCCAGCUGGAGGGUUUCUAUAAGGAAGUGGCCACGCCGCUCUUAACUGACGUCCAACUGAAAUAUACCGGAGCAUCAAACCUCACCCAGACCAGUUUCAGGCAGUAUUAUAACGGCUCAGAGAUCGUGGUGGCUGGACGAAUCACAGACAACAGUCUGGAGACUUUCCAAACCGAGGUCAUCGCCAUUUCAAAAAACGCAAACGUAACAUACCAGGACUCCGUGUCGACAAAAGACGUCAGCGAAGUUUUACCACAACAUGAAAACUUUAUUCAGAGACUGUGGGCUUAUCUUACAGUGAAACAGCUCCUGGAGAAAGAAGUGGCGCUCAAAGGGGAUGAGAAAGAAGCAGCCAGGAAAGGAGCUCUGGAUCUCUCUCUGAAAUAUGAAUUCGUGACUUCGCUCACCUCCAUGGUGGUCACAAAGCCGCAGGAAGAGGACACACAGGUCGCCCACAAACCCAAAGAAGGGGCGGAGCCAUCCAGACACGAUCCGCCUGUAUUGGCCCAGCUGCCUCCAUGGAACUACGGUCUGAGACAUGGUGGAGGGGUCCAGACGGGUCUCGCAGCUCCACCAGGCCAACCAGGUCCACGAAGUCCUCUCAGCAUUCCACAACCAACACUGCUGGCAACAUUCAUCAGCGUCACUGGAACACCUCCCACGUCUCCCCCUGCAGUGAGUGGAGUGAAGUUCUUAAUCUCUGCAAAGCCAAAACAGAUCUGUUAUUACACACCUGGAGGCCAGAAACUCCGCCUCCUUUUGGACACCUCAUCAGAUAUCUCUAUAAAUGGAGAACUCUCAGAUAAAGGCUUCCAGCUCGUUGUUUUUCAUUAUAAAACGGCUAAGCUUUCCGUGAGCCCUACUGAAAGUGUCUACUCUGACAGCGAGAACAGUGUGAAGUUUGUCUGGGGGCAGUCGGAGCCCAGCAGGCACGAGUCACACGGAGUGGCAAUAUUUCAAAGGAGCAAUGAAUUAGACGUCACCUUGGGAAGCGUGCGUGUUGUUGUCCUCCUUCAUAAGAAGGACGGAGUCGUGUUUCUGUGGCCUGUUGCUCAUCAACAAGCAAAUAAUGCGAACAUUCAAGGCAUUCUGGGAAAAACUGAUCUUCAUUAUGAGAAGUUACCAGGAUCAAAGCUCAAAAUCAAGGACCAGGAAGUUGAGGCAUCUCAGAGCUCUGCCAUCGACUACAGAUUUCCUGCAGCCCCGAGUGUGGAAUGUUGGCUUGUACCAUUCCAGUCUGCCCUGCAGGGGGAGCUUUCUGACUUCACCGUCUCAACGCUGUAGAGUUCUGCACUUACCUGUACUGUGUGAAUCUUAUUUGAAGCUGAAUGCUGGUAUAUCCUGC